UCCGCCGUCCGUUUUGAAGCAAACAAAUAACAACCAAUGGAAUUGAAGUUGUGCACCACAGAAGUCGUUCCGUCUGUACAUCAGAACGUGGAAAGGUUCCGCUUUUCAGCCGGAUAUAUUUUGAAGGAUGUUGUUGAACAAAACCUAAAUAUUAAGGUUCAGUACUGUUUGAGUGACAUAAGCGGCGUUUUUUUUUCUAGAGGAAUGAGAUAAGUUAGUUUUUAGUUUCCACUCCGACAAGCUUAUCGAAUAUGUGCAACGUUAACAUGUAUUCACGCCAGCUGAGGUAGUUCUUGACCAACUGGUCAUAUGAUUUGAUAAUAAAAGUAACGUAAGUGUUUGUUUAUGCCAAGGUGACCUUACUUACUGGAUUUCAUUCAAAGGAACAACGUCGUUUGGGUAAUUUGGUCAUUCGCCAGGAAUUUAAGUCUAAUCUGAAACCACUACCUGGGCAUCAGUCGAAUGCAGUACCUGAUCCAGGACACCUGGGACAGCGAUCCCGUCAAUCAUAACCCCAUCAUCAUCGACUUCUCUCCUGGGUUAGGAGGGCUGAAGAUAGACAUCUCUGGUCCCUUCUUCAAUGACCCACCAGGUCCUGACGGGCCCCCCAGUCAGCCCUUCCCUCAACUCUGGAACUAUGAAGUUGUGGAGUGCUUCUUCCUUGAUAGUACUACAGUGAAUUACCUGGAGCUGGAGUUUUGUCCACAUGGACAGUACCUGACAUUAUUACUGUCAGGAGUCGGCCAUGCAUUUGUGCAACAACUGCCUAUGGUGUUUAAUGCCUCGAUCCAAGGGGAUCGGUGGACAGGAGAGGGUCUCGUCCCCUGGGCGUACUUCCCUCCCAACGUCAACAAGAUGAACUCCUACGCCAUCCACGGUUCAGGAGAGAAGCGAACAUACGAGGCUCUCUACCCCAUCCCCAAGGACCAGAUAGUGGAAGGCCAGAAACCCAACUUCCACCGCCUGGAGUAUUUCAAGGAUUUCCGCCUGCAAAGCAUCAUGGGAGAAGACUGGGUCCAGCCUCCGAGUUCUCUGUGGGUUGGAAAGCCCUGAGCCUUUAACUUCCUUAUUCUCUCUCUGUCUCUCUUUUGCACACACACACACACACACACACACACACACACACACACACACCACGGCGGCAGGGCAAUUUCCAUAUAAAACAUACUUUUUAAAAUUGGUCUUUUGUAAUACUCAAAUUAUGAGAUUAAAGUCAAAAUUAUGAGAUAAAAAGAUGCAAUUUUGUGAUAAAAAGGUCAUCAUUUUGAGAUUUUAAAUUAUGAGAUAAAAAAGUCAAAAUUAUAAGAUAAAAAGUCAAAAUUACGAGAUAGAAAGUCAAAACUAUAAGAUAAAAAGUCAUAAUUAUGAGUUUUUAAAAAGUCGAAAUUAUGAGAUAAAAAAGUAAAAAUUAAAAGAUAAAAAGUCAAAUUACAAGAUAGAAGUCAAAAUUACAAGAUAAAAAGUCAUAAUUAUGAUAAAAAAGUAAAAAUGACAAGAUAAAAAGUAAUUAUGAUAAAAAGUAAAAAUUUGUUGAUAAAAAGUCAUAAUUAUGAUUAAAAAAGGUAAAAGUUAAAAGAUAAAAAGUCAUAAUUAUGAGAUAAAAAGUAAAAAUUGCACGCACAGACACACACACAAACACACACACACGCACACACCCACACACACACACACACGAACACACCACGGCGGCAGGGCAACAGUACAAACACUCAUUGACGUGAAACAAAGGGCAAUCAAUCUUUAUUAGUUAAUGAUGCCAAACGAAAUGACAAGAAAUAUGUUAUCAGCUUGUCAGAGCGUAUUAGCCUUCACACAGGUCCGUACCAGCACACACACACACACACACACACACACACACACACACACACACACACACACACACACACACACAUCCCAAGGUAUUGGACGUCACCUUAAUUUGCCUCGGCAGAGUGUGACCUACCGCCGUUCCACUGUGGAUGGUGGCGAGGAAUGCUCGCUUUGACAUUCAGCUGGUGUGCAGCCUGUGCAUUUCACUUCAGUGAGAUAAACCACAGCAGGAUCUUGUGAUUCUUCCCUCUGACUGUUCACAGACACACACAUAAACACGCCACUGAAGUAAAUAAAAUCUGUUCUUCAGAGAUAUAUGUUAAAGCUGUUGAAUUACUGCUUCACUGUAUAUGGAUCCUUUUGUAACCAUUCCACUACUUUUGUUGAUUUCCUUUUUUCAAUUAAGUAUGUUUACAUACUGGUUGUUUUUCUUGGUGCAAUAGUUUUAAUUGUAUUUCUGAUGUGUGAUCAUGUUUCUCUCUCAUGUCUUUCUAUUAAAGCAUUUUAAGAAA